AAGCCCGGAGACUUUCUUCAUCAUGCGUUCACUGCUAUUGACCAUCCUCUUCCUAUCUUGUGAUGCACUCAUAAGGAUUCCACUCCGUAAAAUGCCAUCAAUUCGGGAAACACUACAAGCCAUGCGGGUGAAAGUAGCAGAUGUUUUUCCAGAAAUGAAGCUGAAGCAAUUGGGGGGAAAUGAUUCUAAAAAUAAAACACUACCAACGUUUCUCACCAACUAUCUAGAUACUCAAUACUUUGGGGAAAUCAGUAUUGGUACUCCUCCUCAGACAUUUAAGGUUGUAUUUGAUACAGGAUCUGCCAACCUGUGGGUACCAUCUCAUCAUUGCUCUCCACUUUACAGUGCAUGUGUGUCCCAUGAACGUUAUGACUCCUCCCAAUCUUACACCUACGUUGAAAAUGGAACGGGAUUUUCGAUACAGUAUGAAUCAGGAAGGGUCAGGGGGUUCCUGAGCAAGGAUGUUGUAGUUGUUGCUAGUAUUCCUGUUAUUCAAGUUUUUGCUGAGGCCACAGCUCUCCCUGCAUUUCCAUUUAUCUUUGCUCAUUUUGAUGGAGUGUUGGGAAUGGGAUUUCCAAGCCAGGCAAUCGAUAACAUCCCACCAGUCUUCGACCAGAUUCUGUUACAGAAAAUUCUAGAGGAAGAUGUGUUCUCAGUGUAUUAUAGUCGACAAUACAAAGAUGCUGAGUCAAGCCCUGGAGGACAGAUUUUCUUUGGUGGCUCAGAUCCCUCGUACUACUCUGGUACAUUCCAUUACUUCAGUCUGAAGAAGCAAGGAUUUUGGCAGAUCCAAAUGAAGGGAGUUUCAGCCGGUACAGAGUUUCUGCUCUGCAAAGAAGAGUGCACAGUAGCUGUAGAUACAGGAGCAGCUUACAUUACUGGGCCAGCUAGUUCUGUGUCUGUCCUUAUGAAAGCAAUUGGAGCCACACAGCUGCCUGAAGGAGAGUAUGUAGUAGAUUGUGAUAAAAUUUCUCAGCUUCCUGACAUCUCCUUUCAUAUUGGAGAUCAGGAAUACCCACUGAAAGGUUCAACAUACGUCUUAAGGCAAUCACAUUUUGGGGAGGAAGUGUGCUACGUUGCAUUUAUGGGUUUGGACAUUCCCCCUCCAACUGGACCUAUGUGGAUUUUUGGAGCAACAUUCAUAGGACAGUAUUACACUGAAUUCGACAGACGUAAUAACCGCAUUGGAUUUGCUAUAUCGAUCUGAGUGAAGUCUAAAUCAUGCUAAAGCAUUUUACAAUCACACAGUUUAAAGCAAAACAAUAAA